CUACUGUUGCUGGGUUUGUUGCGCAUGCGUGUAUUGCUCAAUCUUUUCCAACGUGGCGUGUGAAGGGGUGAAGUUACUAUCUUCUUGGAUCCUCUAUUUCUAAGCAAUUCUCGGUCUCAGUCAACACUGCAAUAAUGCCUACUACACAAAGAAGAGGUGGCAAAGCAAAGAAGGUCACCAACAAGUUUACCAUUGAUUGUUCAACUCCUGUUGAAGAUGAAAUCAUGGAUGUAGCUGCCUUUGAGGACUUUCUGCGUGGUAGAAUCAAGGUGGGGGGUAAAGUGGGUACCAAUGUCGGCAGGCCCGGAGAAGGAAAGGAGGUGACUCUGAGUAGGGCCAAGAAUGAUAUCGAAGUGUCAGCAGAAAUCCCAUUCUCUAAGAGGUACCUCAAGUAUCUGACCAAGAAGUUUCUGAAAAAGAACAAUCUUCGUGACUACAUUCGAGUGGUGGCCAGCAGUAAGACCCAGUACGAGCUGAGGUACUUCCAGAUUAACACUAACGAGGAUGAUGACUCCGGAGAGGAAGACUAAUUAAUAGACUGAUUGUCGUAUAAUUAAUAUUGAUGGUUUGGUUUUGUACUCUAAUGUUUGAUCCAAACUAUUAUGAAGAUUCCA